AUGGAGGGCGACCGGAGCAGAGGAGGGAGAGGCUGGAGGAGGCGGCCGGCGUGCGGGGGAGAGGCGGCGGAGGAGGCGCCGGGCGGCGAGGCGACCUCGGGCGCGACGGCGGCAGUGCGGUGCGGUGCCGGCGGCGAGGUCCGGCAGUGGGUCCGGCCGCGUUGGGGCGGCGGGUGGCGCCGGCCGGCGGGGAGCCGCGGCGGCGCGGGCAGGAGGCGAAGGCGCGGCUUCUGUUCGAGCGGGCCGCCAGCUCCUCCGCGACUUGCCUCCCGUGCGCGAGCCCCCGCCCGUGUUGGUGCAGGCCACCACCCCGAGCUCCCCACUCCCCGUUCGCGCUUGCCACGGUCGGCUCCGGCCUCCCGCCGGCUCCUGCGCCGCGCCCCCGCGCGGCCCUGGGCUCGUACCGGCGUCCUCCGCCGGGUGCCAGUGUGCUUGGCCUCGCCCGGCCGCCCCGCACCCCGGCGGCGCACCCGGGUCCGCCCCGCCUCGGCCGGCUACAGCUACGCCCGCGCCGGCUCCCCCUCGCCUCCGCCUGGCCGGAGCGCCUCCGCCAGCCACCGCCUCCAGCCACCUGCGCGCCCGCGCCAUGAGCUCAGCCUCCCGUCGCAGGCGCCGCUUGGCCCCCCGUCCAGCUUCGCGCCCGCCGGCCUCCCGCCCUCCGCGCAACCCGGCCCGGCCGGCUCCGUGCCUCCCGGGUUCGACUCCCCCCGCGCCGACUCGCUGCCUUGCCCACCCGUCGGCUCCCGCGGGCCGGCGUCGCCUUGCCUCGGCCGCCUGGCCCCGCUAGUCGGCGUCCGCCUCGUCGCUCCUCCGUGCUGA